AUGGAAACAGCUAAAAAGCUUAAGUUAAAAUCAUCUAGAUUCUUUGAAAAAGAAAUGAGCUCAAAAGCAUAGGAGUUGAUAGAAGAAAUAAAAUUAAAAGACAGAAGUCACUUAAGAUUGAAAGAAUGGUAUAAAAGAAAUCAUUAUGAAAAGAGUCUAAAAGAAUUGAGAAAAUAAUAUGAAAAGUAAUAAUUAAUUGAUUUAGAUAUUUUACAAUAGCUAAAGUAGAUGGUCGCACAUUUACUGCAGAAUAAUUUGUGAAUCAAUUUGAAAUUCCAGACAUUCCUUGUAUAAUAACCAAUACAACAGAUGAUUGGAAUGUUGAAAAAUAUUGGACUUUUGAGAAAUUAUAUCAACAUUAUAAAGAAACCUGCUUUAAAAUUGGAGAAGAUGAUAAAGGAAGAAAGUUAAGAUUACCAUUCAAAUAUUUUCUUGAAUAUUUAGUAUACAAUAAGGAUGAUUCUCCUCUUUACUUAUUUGAAAGGUAUAUUAAUUAAUAAUAAUUUCAUAGUUCAGUUGAAGAUUUAAAGGAUGGAGGAGCAGAUAUGAUUGGAAGAUACAAAUAACAUAAAUACUUUUAAGAAGAUUUCUUUUCUAUGGUAGGAGAGAAACAUCGUCCUCCUUAUAGAUGGUUUUUGGUUGGGUAAUUUAUUAUUUAAUCAAUAGACCAAAACGUUCUGGUACUACAGUUCAUAUAGAUCCAUUAAUGACAAGUGCAUGGAAUACAUCACUAUAAGGACAUAAAUUAUGGGUACUAUUUCCACCUGAUAUACCAAAAUCAAUUGUAAAAGCAAAAGGACUUGCUGCAAAAAAGGAAAUUGAUCCAGAAGUAUUGGAUGAAUCUAUAGAUUAUUUCCUUUAUGCUUUGCCAAAAUUAAUUGAAAAAGAAGGAGCUAAUAAUUUAAAGAUUGUAAUGUGUGUAUAAGGUCCUGGUGAUACUAUAUUUGUACCUGGAGGUUGGUGGCAUGCAGUCUUAAAUUUAGAUAAUUCAGUUGCUUUAACAUAAAAUUUUAUGUCAAUCAAUAACUUUGAUAAAAUUUGGAGGUAAAUAUUAUAGUAUAUUAUAUAUAUAGAUCUGUAAGAGACGAAAGGCCAAAGUUUAGUCAAAGAUUAUUAGAGGCAUUUAAGGAGAAAAGGUCCGAUUUGUAUGAAAGAGCACUUAAAUUAGAUGAUAUAGACAAGAACGAAUUUAGAGUGCUAAAGGAUGCCAAUCCAUUGAGUUCCGAUGAUUCAUCUGGUAGUUCAUCAUCUAGUAGUUCUAGUAGUUCGUCUAGUAGUUCCAGUUCCGAUGAUGAUUGA